AUGUUCACGUCCAAGUCCAACUCGGUGUCGCCCUCGCCGUCUCUGGAGCAGACGGACUCGGACGCGCUGGACAUCAGCACCAAAGUGCAGCUCUACGGUGUGCUGUGGAAGCGGCCCUUCGGGAGGCCGUCGGCCAAGUGGUCCCGGCGGUUUUUCAUCAUCAAAGAGAGCUUUCUUCUUUACUACUCUGAGAGCGAAAAAAAGAACUUUGAAACCAAUAAGUACUUCAAUAUACACCCUAAGGGAGUCAUCCCCCUGGGAGGCUGCCUGGUAGAGGCCAAGGAAGAGCCCAGCAUGCCCUAUGCCAUGAAAAUCUCCCACCAGGACUUCCAUGGAAACAUCUUGCUGGCUGCUGAGUCCGAGUUUGAGCAGACCCAGUGGCUGGAGAUGCUGCAGGAGUCCGGGAAGGUGACUUGGAAGAAUGCCCAGCUGGGAGAAGCCAUGAUCAAAAGCCUGGAGGCCCAGGGGCUGCAGCUGGCCAAGGAGAAGCAGGAGUAUUUAGACAAACUGAUGGAGGAGACCGAAGAGCUCUGCCUUCAGAGGGAGCAGAGAGAGGAGCUUGAGCGCCUCAACCAGGUGCUGGAGGCCGAGAAGCAGCAGUUUGAGGAGGUGGUGCAGGAGCUGAAAAUGGAGCAGGAGCAGAUCAAAAGGGAGCUAGAACUGACUGCAAGAUGCCUCAAGGGUGUGGAGCAAGAGAAAAAGGAGCUGAGGCACCUUACGGAGUCCUUGCAGCAGACGCUGGAGGAACUCUCCAUAGAGAAGAAGAAAACCCUGGCAAUGCUGGAGGAGAAUGAGAACCAGCUGCAGACCCUGGCCAAUCAGAGCGAGCAGCCCCCACCCAAUGGGGGUCUUCAUAGCAACCUGAGGCAGAUAGAAGAGAAGAUGCAGCAGCUCUUGGAGGAGAAGCUCCUGGCUGAGAAGCGGAUGAAGGAGAACGAAGAGCGCUCUCGGGCCCUGGAGGAGGAGCGCGAGUUCUAUUCGAGCCAGUCCCAGGCGCUCCAGAACUCGCUGCAGGAGCUGACGGCAGAGAAGCAGCAGGCCGAGCGGGAGCUCAAGGCUGAGGUGAAGGUCCGCAUGGACCUGGAGAGGCGUCUGCGGGAGGCAGAGGGGGCCUUGAGGAGUCUGGAACAAGGGCUUAACUCCAAGGUGCGGAACAAGGAAAAGGAGGAGAGGAUGCGGGCUGACGUGAGCCAUCUGAAAAGGUUCUUCGAGGAGUGCAUCCGGAACGCGGAGCUGGAGGCCAAGAUGCCGGUCAUCAUGAAGAAUUCCGUGUACAUCCACAAGGCGGCCACUCGCCGCAUCAAGAGCUGCCGCUUCCACCGGCGCCGGUCCAGCACCUCCUGGAAUGACAUGAAGCCGUCCCAGUCUUUCAUGACCUCCCAACUGGAUGCCAACAACAUGGAGGAGCUAAAGGAAGUGGCCAAGAGGCUCAGCCGCGACCAGCGCUUCCGAGAAUCCAUCUACCACAUCAUGGCAAACCAGCCAGGAGCGCCCUCGGCGGUUCCCCGGGGUGGGAAGUGAUGGGCGCUCCUCCCCUGCCUCCCGGGUCUUUUUGCAGUGGAUAGGAGCCAGAGGAGGUGGCAGGGGGAGGUCUGGCUCUACCUGGCACCUCUCUGCUCCACCUGGGGGCCAGCCUCACCCUCAUAGGACAGGGAUGGCACCUCCCUCACCCCCACCUAGAAACCUAGUUGGGUUUACAUCAGGCCCAAGUUGGGUGCUGCCUGGUGUCACCUGGUGCUCACCUGGUGAGGCGAGGAGGAGCCUGGUUGCACGUGAAGACAUUUUGGUUGGGGAGUGGGGUGGGCAGGGCCCAUAGCCCUCACCUGUGCCCACUACACCUCCCUGUGAUGUUGCCUCCCUGUCUUCAUGUAUAAAGGGAUCCGCUCCUUGAUACCUGCUCCCCGCUGAGAUUCCUAGCUCUUUCUUUGCUUCUGAGACCCAUAGACAUCCCUCAGCCAAGGCCCCUUACUUUUACUACAUCGUGGGGCAGGGAAGAGAGGGACCUCACACUGUAACGUUUGGGUUUGUGGCAUACCACACUUAGGCCACGGCGUCUCAUUCCUGAGGUUGGGCCCUGGCUGAGGGGCUACCCACUCACUCCCUUCCUCAGGUGAGCUCACCCACCUGCAGCUUCAGCACCCUUUGAGGGUGGUGUGACCCCACCCUCUCCCUCCCAUAUCCCUCCUGUCUGUGUACCCAGGGCCCUUGGCCCUGGCUGGGAUCUGCGGCCAGCAGCGAUUCUGAGGGCUCUCCCAGAGGAUGAGUAGUAAGUUCAGGGGAUGGAUCGAGGUGGCCCUGGCUCCUGCAUUGUCCGCUCCUAGGAGGGUAGGGAGACUUCUGCCUGGGCUGUGGUGGCCCUGUUGCUCCGUGGGAUCACACAUAUCUCCCUCUGAGCGGCCCCUGCUUUAGCCACCUUGCUGCCUCCUCUCCCUGCAGAGGCUUUAUCCAGUGAAGCAAUGUGACUCUGGAAGAUGGGGGGCCUGGACCUACAAUAAUGCCAGUAGCCAUUGGUUGGCGCCGUGUCGUCCGUAGGUGGUCUGUGGGGUUGUGUCCCUCACCCACAGUCGGUUCUGCUCUUCUCCUCCUGGCCACAUGUUCCAAAGCUGCCUAAAUCCAUUGGGCUCUCCAGAAAAGGGGGUCUGCCUGGGAUGAGGGUGCUCAUGGACACUGGUGGUAUUAAAGGCAUUGAUUCUCUGCUGCUUGACAAACAGAGCGAGGUACCCAGGCCGGAGAUGGCUGCAGGGCAAACCCCAGCAGAGGUGCUGGCCUCCCGCUCAAAAUACAUGCGUGUCUACUGGCCUUGUAGCCCAGACAGGACUGGGGUGCCCUGCUCUGUGCUCAAGGCUGCCUGGUGAAGCUAAGGGAGACUCAGUUCAAGUCCUGGGUGGGCUGUGAUGGCUUUAGCCAAUCUCUGUGGAAUCUGGGUGGAGACAGGGGCAGAGGCACUUGGAAACAGUGCAUCGGAAAAGGAAGAGCCUGAAAAUAAAAACUUUGAACACAUAGGAACGUGCAUAAACGUGGGACUCAUUUAUCUGACAUGUAUACAGGGUGGACUUUGAAAUGAAGAUGUAUAUAAUCCAGAUUACCAUUUUAUUUUUUUGUUUGUAAAGGAAUUAGGUUAAUCAUGGUUUGCUCUUGGAGAAAGAUCUUUUGGAAAUUUUCAAAUGCAUUUUUUUUCCUCCCAGGCCAGCUAUUAACCAGAAAGGAAAGUGCUUUUCCAUGCACAUUUCACCAAUCCCUAGUUUCAUUCCUCACAUUUGACCCUGUACUUUCCAUGCCUUGGGCAAGUCUGGGUUAUCUUUGACAAACUGAUCAGUCCCUAAGUAUUUAUUUGUACCUAACACUGUAAAUAGAAAAAGAAACAACUCUAUAUGAAAAUAUAUCACAGUGGAAAUUACUUACUGGAAAUGUAUUGGUCUGAUUUUUUUAAAAAAUAAAACUCUUAU